CAACAAGAGAACAAAGAAUUUGAAAACAAAAAAGUAGAAAAAGACAGCAAAAAUGAACAAGAAAAAGAAGUCUCCCUUAAAGAAGAGAAUUCACAUUCAAGUACUAACUUGGAAGUGCCUGUGAAAGGACUUAGUAACUUGGGGAAUACAUGUUUCUUUAAUGCAGUGAUGCAGAAUUUAUCACAGACUCCGGUCCUGAGAGAGCUGCUUAAAGAAGCUAAAAUGCCUGAUGCAACAGUUAAAAUAGAGUCACCCGAGUUAUCUAUGGAACCUCAGCUGAUAAAACUAGAUCAGCCAGGUCCUUUGACAUUAGCCAUGUAUCAGUUCCUGACAGAAGUGCAAGAGACAAAUAAAGGGGUAGUCACUCCUAAGGAACUUUUUGCUCAGGUUUGUAAAAAAGCAAUACGAUUUAAAGGUUAUCAGCAGCAGGACAGUCAUGAGUUGCUUCGUUGCUUACUUGAUGGAAUGAGAGCAGAAGAAAUCCAACAAGUGAGUGUUGGAAUACUGAAGGCAUUGACUGACUCUAACAAACAAAAUGAAGAAGAACUUAAAAAGAAAGUUAAAGAAUAUGAAAAGAAAAAGGGAAUACAAAGUUUUGUAGACCGAAUCUUUGGUGGAGAAUUAACCAGUAUGAUUAUGUGUGAGGAAUGCAGAACUGUAUCCUUGGUCCAUGAGCCUUUCCUUGAUUUGUCACUUCCUGUACUAGAUGAUCAGAAAGUAAAACUUACAAAUGAGAGAAAUGUUAAAAAAGCCAAAGAAUCUGAAGAUGAAGAAGACAAAAUCAAUGACUGUUAUCUUAAGCAGAGAGAUGAGCCCUCUGGUACAAGCAAGCACCUUCAGAAAAAAGUAAAGAAACAGGCCAAAAAACAAGCCAAGAGCCAGCGCCGCCAGCAAAAACUUCAAGGAAAGGUGCUUCACUUGACAGGUGUCUGUGCAACUGAACCAUCAGAAAAAGAUGUGGAGUAUAACCAAGAAUCAGAGGCAGAAAUUAACUCUGAAAGCCCUGAUGUGAAGCAACAAGAGGAGGAAUCGUCACAUGAUUGCAAAGAGCACUGCUUAGCUCAAAAAGAAUUGAGUGUACAGGGAAAUAGUACAGAAGUUCAGAGCAGGCAUGAAAAUACAGAAAAGCCAGAACAAGACUGUGUGGAAAAUGAAUGUCUCAUGGAUCUUCCUAUGGAAGGCUUAGAUCCUCCUACGGAGUUGGUCAAUGGCCUUGACAACCUAUCUUUGAAAGAUGAGGAUGAUGAAAAUGAAGAUGAGGAAGAGCUUGCUACUGACUUUUCAAAACUGCACCUAGGUAGCAAUGUUGAAUUUGAUACGAGUAUCUUAGACGACCUUCAGAAUCUUCCUGUCAAGACGUGUGAAGUAUCAACUGAGGAUCCAGAAACAGCAUUUUGUACUCUUGCAAAUAGAGAAGCUCUGAACCCAGAAGAAGGUUCAAUCUAUCACUGUUUAUAUCAGUUUACCCGUAAUGAAAAACUUACUGAGACCAAUAAACUCCUCUGUGAUGUAUGUACACAAAGACAUUGUGGACCAAAGAUGAACAUAAAAAGUGAAAAGAAGUAUGUUUAUACUAAUGCCACAAAGCAGAUGCUAAUCUCUCUUGUUCCACCAAUUUUAACUCUUCAUUUAAAGAGGUUUCACCAGGCUGGAUUUAAUCUACGGAAGGUUAGCAGGCACAUCAAGUUUCCAGAAGUGAUAGACUUGGCUCCUUUCUGUACAGCUAAAUGUAAAAACGUGGCUGAAGGGAAUACAAAAGUACUGUACUCUCUCUAUGGAGUUGUUGAACACAGUGGAACAAUGAGGUCUGGGCACUACACUGCUUAUGCUAAAAUGAGAAGUAUGAACAACCAUCUCUCUGAUCUUGUCCUUCGAGGACAACCUCCUCAAGCUUUAGAAACUGAACCAGUAAAAGGGCAGUGGUUCCACAUCAGUGAUACCCACGUACAAGCUGUGUCUGCAUCCAAAGUGCUGAGCUCCCAAGCCUAUCUCCUGUUCUAUGAGCGACUGCUGUAACUCCUGAGAAGCCUUCUUGUACGGGCCUGAAAGAAGGCAGAGACUUGCAAAUCGUGCUGUUGACAUGUUGGAGCCACUGCAUACAACUGCAGAAAUAUACUUUAUGCUUCUUAGAAACACUGACAAGUGGUUAACUUAAACUUUUUCCAG